CCCUGGGAGGCCGGGCGCCGCCAUGGAACUGGGCCCGGAGCCCCCGCACCGCCGCCGCCUGCUCUUCGCCUGCAGUCCCCCUCCCGCGCCGCAGCCCGUCGUGAAAGCGCUGUUCGGCGCACCAGCCUCCGGGGGCCUGUCGCCUGUCACCAACCUGACGGUCACCAUGGACCAGCUGCAGGGGCUGGGCAGUGAAUAUGAACAGCCGCUGGAGGUGAGAAACAGCAGUCUGCAGAGAAUGGGCUCCUCUGAGUCAACCGAUUCAGGUAUUCCUGUAGUCUUGAACAUUUAUUAUGUGUUUACUACAUGGGGAUCAAAACUUGGGAGUUUGUUCCUUGAAAAUCCCAUGAGGAGAAUAAGUUUCCUGCCUCAGAAGCUCUUGGGAUGUAGCCCAGCUCUGAAGAGGAGCCAUUCUGAUUCUCUUGACCAUGAUGUCUUUCAGCUGAUGGACCAGGAUGAGAACAAGGAAAACGAAGCCUUUGAGUUUAAGAAGCCAAUAAGACCGGCAUCUCGUGGCUGCCUGCAUUCUCAUGGACUUGAGGAGAGUAAAGAUCUCUUCACACAGAGGCAGAACUCUGCCCCAGCUCGGAUGCUUUCCUCCAAUGAAAGAGAUGGCAGCGAACCAGGGAAUUUCGUUCCUCUUUUUAUGCCCCAGUCUCCUGUGACGGCCACUUUGUCUGAUGAGGACGAUGGCUUCAUGGACCUUCUUGAUGGAGAGAAUCUGAAGAAUGAUGAAGAGACCCCAUCGUGCAUGGCAAGCCUCUGGACAGCUCCCCUUGUCAUGAGAAGAACGACAAAUCUUGGCAAUCGAUGCAAGCUGUUUGACUCUUCUUCCACGUGUAGCUCCAUCGCCCGGACAGUGUUAAAAAGACCAGACCGAUCUCAAGAGGAGCACCUGCCCGCAAAUACGAAGCGGAGAAGGAGCAUGGCUGGAGCCAGUGCCGAAGAGGCAGCCAGUCCAGAGAAGCCCCAGAUUCUACAUCAGUCUUUAUCCCUGGCAUCUUCCCCAAAGGGGACCAUUGAGAACAUUUUGGAUAAUGACCCAAGGGACCUUAUAGGAGACUUCUCCAAGGGUUAUCUCUUUCAUACAGUUGCUGGGAAACAUCAGGAUUUAAAAUACAUCUCCCCAGAAAUUAUGGCAUCUGUUUUAAACGGCAAGUUUGCCAACCUCAUUAAAGAAUUUGUUAUCAUUGACUGCCGGUACCCAUAUGAAUAUGAGGGAGGCCACAUCAAGGGUGCGGUGAACUUGCACAUGGAAGAGGAGGUUGAGGACUUCUUACUCAAGAAGCCCAUCGUACCUACUGAUGGCAAGCGCGUCAUUGUCGUGUUCCACUGCGAGUUCUCUUCUGAGCGAGGCCCUCGCAUGUGCCGGUACGUAAGAGAGAGAGAUCGGCUUGGUAACGAGUAUCCCAAGCUCCACUACCCUGAAUUGUAUGUCCUGAAGGGCGGGUACAAGGAGUUCUUCCUGAAAUGCCAGUCUCACUGUGAGCCCCCCAGCUACCGGCCCAUGCACCACGAGGACUUCAAAGAAGACCUGAAGAAGUUCCGCACCAAGAGCCGGACCUGGGCAGGGGAAAAGAGCAAAAGGGAGAUGUACAGUCGCCUGAAGAAGCUGUGAGGGCAGCCGUGCCGGACAGCAGCAGCCUGGCACUCCCUCUGUGCCUCCCCCCUUCCCUCUUUGCUGCAGAGAAACUUGAGCGAAGGGGCCAGCCGCGUGCACGACGUGCGGAGAGAGGAUCCGGAGCUGGUGGGCCUUCCCCUGGCUCCGCGCUCCCUGGGUUGGAGCGUCCCGCCGGCCGCACCUCCUCCGUCCCUGUAAGACGUUCUCCUUCUGCCUCGGGACUGGCCGCCAAGGCUGUCACUGCUUUCACUGGCCGCAGCACCGGUCCAAGCACAGAGUCAAGAAGUUCUGACUUCUCACCGCCCCCGCCGUCGGACAGACCACCUGGGGCCUUUCUGGGCACUGUCCUCUCCUGAGGCGGGGGGUAGGAGAGUGGGAGAGAAGUAACGGAAGCAGAAAUGCUGUGGUCAGAUGCCAAAGACAGCCUGGGAAGGGAUGGUCCUGGUGGGAUAGCCCGUAUCUUUAAUUUAUUCAACUUCAUCAAUCACUUUAUUAUUUUUUUUUUUUAACUCCUGGAGACUUUUAUUUAACUGCUUCUUUAAGUCAUAAUACUGCCAUUCUGGGUAGGGUUUUAUCAUCCCAGGGACUACCUCUGCUUAAAAAAAAAAAAAAAAAAAGAUGGGGGAGAAGAGGCAAACUUGUGUUGAGGGACAGAGCUAGGAGCUCUGUCACCCCCAGGAGGCACUGUGGUACUGGGCCCGCUGCUAUUUAAAGCCAAGGACUGAGGUACUGGUAGGAGCAGGCACUGGACUCAGACUUGGCUACAGGACAUAAGCUAAACCUCCCAGACCUACCUCGAAGGCCACUGAGAUCGGGUUGGGGGCGGGGGGCUGACCCUGCUCUUCCUCACCCCGGUUCCCUCUGACGCUGGCUGGUAUAGGAGUCCCAGUCAGGAAAGCACUUCAGGCAGCUUCCAUUGGGCCGCGCCCAGGUCAUUGUUGGAAUGUGGUAGCGUAGGUGUCCUAGAG